AUGUCUCUUUCCGCAAAGGGACAUGUUCGUGUCCAGGAAUUGAACCAACAUUCCUCAGACCAAGAUGGCUGGAUUGCCCUCGACGGCACGGUUUGGGACUUUUCACAUUUUGCCGCUCAGCAUCCAGGCGGCGCAGAAAUCAUCCUCCAACACCUAGGCAAGGACGGCAGCGAAUUAUACAAUGAAAUCCACAGUCCGGCGCUCGUACAGCGGCAUUUUGGGGAGCAGAGAAGAGUAGGGGAGCUCGAGACGGCCGACUCUGCCACGACGACGAAAGAGGGUGUGAACAAGCAGCAGCAGCAGACUAUCUCGCUGCCUCCGCUAGAGUCAAUUACCAGUCUCCACCAGUUCGAGGCGGCCACGUCGCCAGCAUUCACGAGAAAAGCACUGCUGUACCUUACGGGCGCUACCGAGGAUGGGAUCACAGAGCGAGAGAACCGAAAAGUGUACAGUCGGGUGAUGUUCCGUCCGCGUCUCUUGCGAGGGGUUGGGAGCGUGGAUACGAGUACGCAACUCCUCGGUCUCACGCUUUCAUGCCCUAUAAUGGUGGCACCUACAUCCUCGAACCGGCUCUUUCACCGCGAUGGCGAAGUUGCGAUUGCUCGUGCAUCCAAACGUUUUGGCGUCCCUCCUAUUGCACCGACUAUGGGAUCGUUUUCGCUUGCCGAAAUAUCUGAAGCUCUCGGCUCUGGUCAUCCUUUCUUCUUUCAGUUAUACGCCAAUCGCGACCGUGGCGAACUGACUCGUACCUUGGACAUAGCACGUCGACUUGGAGCUCGAGCUAUCAUGGUGACGUCCGACUCGCCCGUGCUGAGCAAGAGAGAAUCUGCAAAGGGGUCCUCGACCUUGAUCUUGAGCACCAGUGACGACGAGUCAGAGGCCCAGAAAGCAGGGCUAGGUUUGGAAGUGGUUCGUCAAGUUGCACCUCCGCCCGUGAACAACGUGAUCGACCCCGACCUCAACUGGGCGAGUGUCCAAUGGAUUGCGCGUCACACGGGGCUCCCAAUCUUUGUCAAAGGCAUUCAGCGAGCGGAAGACGCCAAAAUAGCGGCGGAAAUCGGUUGUGCGGGCAUCUAUCUCUCGAAUCAUGGAGGCCGGGCCCUGGACACGACACCGUCCGCAAUUCUCGUGCUUCUCGAGAUUCAAAAGACCUGUCCCGAGGUUUUGACCAAGAUGGAGGUCAUCGUCGAUGGUGGCGUUCGACGAGGAACGGAUGUCUUGAAAGCCAUCUGCCUCGGUGCUCGCGCUGUUUGUGUAGGGCGCCCUUGUCUGUACGCUCUGGCAUAUGGUGAAAACGGUGUUCUUCGAGCUCUAGAAAUUCUCAAGGAGGAGUUGACGAUCGCGAUGCAAUUGUUGGGCAUCACCAGUCUCGACCAAGCGAAUCCAGGGUUUCUCAAUACUUCUCGGCUGGAGAAGUUGUUGCCGUCCAUCAUAUUGGAGAACUCAGAUAUAACGAGCCCGCGACAGUACUUCCAACCAACUCCGAAGCUAUAG